CUUUCUUGGGCACUGCAGCCCGGCCAGCCUUCGCCCACCGCCUCUCUUCUCUCUCAAAUUAUUUUAUCUUGUUGUACAUCAAAACCGCGUUUCAACUUUUUCAAGUCUCAAAUCUUAGUCCAAACCAAACAAACAAAUCUUACUAUCAAUAUAAAACCCAAGCGCCUCUCGCUCUCUCUUGAUAAUCUUUCCUUCACAAUCACCCAUAUGCCUCCUAAAUCGCCUUUCUUCCUCUUACUCUCACUUGCUCUCUUAACCACCACCGCCAAUGCCACUCAACAGUUCAGAGAAGCUCCCCAGUUCUAUAAUUCCCCCGACUGCCCUUCCCUUUUUGAUGACAUCGAAGAAAGUGAAGCCACUCUUCUCUGCUCCGAUCAAGCCGUCCACGUGGCUAUGACCCUUGAUUCUACCUACAUUCGUGGCUCCAUGGCAGCUGUUCUUUCUGUUCUCCAACACUCCUCUUGCCCACAAAAUAUUGCCUUCCAUUUUGUCGCGUCUGCAUCUGCCAAUGCCUCACUUCUACGCGCCACCAUCUCCUCUUCCUUCCCUUAUUUAAAUUUCCGGGUUUAUUCUUUUGAUGACGCCGCCGUCUCUGGGCUCAUUUCUACGUCGAUUCGUUCGGCUCUCGACUGCCCUCUAAACUACGCUCGCAGUUACUUAGCCAAUAUUUUACCUUCUUGUGUAAGACGAGUCGUUUACCUUGACUCCGAUUUGGUCCUGGUGGAUGACAUAGCCAAACUUGCAGCCACUGAUCUUGGUAAAAAUUCAGUCUUGGCUGCUCCAGAAUAUUGUAAUGCUAAUUUCACUUCAUAUUUUACACCGUCCUUCUGGUCUAAUCCUUCUCUGUCAUUAACUUUCGCAAACCGCAAAGCUUGUUAUUUUAACACUGGUGUGAUGGUGAUCGAGCUUGAUCGGUGGAGAGGAGGUGAUUAUACCACCAAGAUUGAAGAAUGGAUGGAGCUGCAAAAGAGAAUGAGAAUAUACGAACUGGGUUCAUUGCCUCCAUUUUUGCUAGUAUUUGCAGGGAAUAUAGUGCCCGUUGAUCAUCGAUGGAACCAGCAUGGACUUGGAGGGGAUAAUUUCAGAGGGCUUUGCAGGGAUUUACAUCCGGGUCCUGUGAGUCUUUUACACUGGAGUGGUAAAGGCAAGCCAUGGGCUAGGCUCGAUGCUAACCGGCCAUGUCCCUUGGAUGCCCUUUGGGCUCCUUAUGAUCUCUUACAGACUCCAUUCGCUCUGGAUUCUUGAGAAAAUCAUUUCAAUAUCUAAGUUUCUCAAGAAAGCUCCAUUGCUGUAGAGCUUUGUAAGUCUUUGCUCGCCUCUCCUCCACCGGUUCAUCAUUUCGACCUUACUUGGAAGACGAAUCACGGAAGAAGAAGAAGCCAGGUUUCUUCUUGUAGGUUAUUCAGGUAUCAUAUACAAUAUUUUUACUAUUUCUAAUAAAACCUACAGUCAAAUUGUCUGCAACAAUAAGCAGAAAAUCCACAUAAAAUUUAGUACGGAUUGUAUGAUAAUUGUAUCAAAAUCUGAUAGCAAAAAGAGCUAUUUUUGUUGGACAUUUCUGUAUAAAUUUUCCAUUCUAUUGUGAUGGGUUUCUUUGUUUCAUGCA